AUGGAGCGAAAACUCAAGACAGACAACGAGAAGCAAAACUUCUGGAAAGAAAACAUAACCAAAGAGGAGCUGCUGAGGCUAUGUUGGCUGAGAGACCAUCAGAAAGGACUCAACAAGACACCAGGCAGACAGACGGAGCUUAAGAAGAGUUUUGUGCGACCUCACAUUGAUCUCCAGAAGCAGAAAUCAACAGAGCAGGAGGAGAAGACUUCGGUGACGGAAGGUGACACGGAAAAGCCAAAAGCUGAAGAGAAAGUUGCAGCAGUGUCAUAUAGUGAGAUGAGGCCUGUCACCCCAGAGGUGCAAGCUCUGCUUUACGAUGGAUUCUCUAAAGAGGAGAAAGGAAGGUACCAAUACCUAAAGGCACGGACAAAGAAAGGGCCUAGUGAAAAAUAUAACCAUGCCAUUACCUCUUCCUGGGAGUAUGGCUGGAAAUUAGGUGAGAAAGUGUCAGCUAAGCAAGGCUAA